GCUGAUGGAAGUAGAGGAGGAAGAGCUGAUGGAGGUUGGGGAGGAUGGAGGGGUGAGGCUGACCGAGGGUGUAAGACCUGUGAAUUCGCUGGUUUUUGAACGUGCUUUGAGUCUAUCUCACUGCCGAGCUGACUCCAAUUUUAGGAGCGAGAGGUUGAGCCGGAGAGAUAAUGUGGUACAGGUAGGGAUAGAAAGAAAACCGAGAGGGGGAGAACAAGAAAGUUGUGACAGGACGGGGAGGAAAUAUACAGAGGAUGCAAGUGAAACUGACAUUGUUAACAAGCAAGAUGACGAAGAUUACUUGGAGGUGAAAGAACAGAUGUACCAGGAGAAACUAACGUCGCUUAAGAGGCAGCUACAACAGUUACAAGAAGGUACAUUGCAGGAGUAUCAAAAGAGGAUGAAAAAACUCGAUCAACAGUACAAAGAAAGAAUACGAAAUGCGGAGCUUUUUCUGCAACUAGAGACAGAGCAAGUGGAAAGGAAUUACAUUAAAGAAAAGAAGGCAGCAGUGAAAGAGUUUGAAGAUAAAAAGAUUGAGCUGAAAGAGAACCUGAUUGCAGAAUUAGAAGAGAAGAAAAAGAUGAUUGAGAAUGAGCGGCUAACAAUGGAACUCACUGGAGAUUCCAUGGAAGUGAAGCCAAUUAUGACCAGGAAGUUGAGAAGGAGACCCAAUGACCCAGUUCCGAUUCCAGACAAAAGACGAAAACCUGCACCUGCGCAGUUAAAUUACUUGUUAACAGAUGAGCAGAUUAUGGAUGAUUUACGCACCCUUAAUAAGCUGAAAUCACCAAAACGACCAGCCUCCCCGUCUUCUCCCGAGCACCUUCCUAGCGCUCCCACCGAAUCCCCAGCACAGCGAUACGAAGCCCGAAUAGAGGAUGGAAAGCUCUACUAUGAUAAGAGAUGGUACCACAAAAGUCAGGCCAUCUACCUAGAGUCUAAGGAGAACACGAAGAUCAGCUGUGUUAUCAGCUCAGUCGGGACAAAUGAGAUCUGGGUGAGGAAGACGAGCGACAGCACGAAGAUGCGCAUAUACCUGGGACAGCUACAUCGAGGGGUGUUCAUCAUACGCCGGCGGUCAGCUGCCUAACGCUGCAUUCCUCACCAAAGUCUCACCAGCAUCUCCUCUCAGUGAGUCUUCCCUGUGUUUUGGUCAGGGACCUUGCGUUUAUAACUAAGCAAGCUUAGUAUACGGACUGGAGAAGAUGUUUAUUUAUAUAAAGACAUUUUCGUACGCCACCUCAACUUGUAAAAAGCACCUUUUUUUUUGACAUUCUGUCAUUUGGUUCCAUUUCUUCUCGACAAUGAAGUCGACCGUUCUUCCUGGCCGUGUUCUAACUCCCAUUUUGAGGAUGGUUUCGCUUGAUCCCCGGCCGGAUGAGAAGCCUCUUUGUUUUGCCUCAACGCUGGACAAUCUAGAACAUUUCGACCCGGACAGUUGAGUUACGACUUUGCGUGGGGAAAUUUGAUCUUUUAUACGUGCUGUUUUAUUCGCUAACCAAACGCUUUAUUGCCAUAGUCACAAGUGGACACGGGCCAAAAGUUAGAUUUUUUUAAAUAAAAUAGCAAACGGAUCAAAAAAUCUUAUUUCUUUUGCAAAUCAACUCGGGAGUCUUCACAGUCAGUUAGUAUUCUGCAUUUAAUAAAACUGAAAGUCGUGA